GAUCCAUUAAGAAGGGGAGAGGCUUUGUUGAGUAUAAACUGAGAUGACAUCGUAAAUGCACUUUGUAAACUUCCCAGCCGUGUGCUAAAGUCAUUACUGUUAUUGUUAAUGAGCCAAGCCAAGAAUUGGACUGAGACCUCCCAGUGAGAAGAAAGAGAGCAGAUAAGACAUCUGGAAGGAGUUUCCGGGGAGGAAAUUUCAUAGUAAAGAAAACCCGUCUUUCCAGAGAGUUUCUCUCAAAACCAGGCCUCGGUUGGGCGAAGAGAUGGGAGCAGUGUUGCACUUCACUCUGAAUUGACCCCGCGGAGGCCGCAGUGAACACAGAAAUCCGAAGAAGCGGAAAACAGUAGAACCACCCAAAGCCGAAAAGGAGGAAGUCCGGCCGGAGCUGCGAAGGCUCCCUGUGGCUCCGCCUCUCUUCCCCUCUGGCCAAUCAGGGUUCGAACCAUGGAAUGGGCGGCGCCGGGGCAGAGAGAUGGGCGCAGCCUCGGGGCUGUUAAUCCGCGAGGAGGCGGCGUUUAGGUGUUCUUCGGAUUCCUUUCCCUGUAAGGACUGAGUGUUGCUCUUCUUCCAAAAACCUGGCCGGGCGUACAAUUAUUUUGGAAAACGAUGUGACAGUUUCAUAUAAAACUAAACAUCUACCCUUUGAGUCAGCAAUUUCUCACCUAAGUAUUUACCCCAAAGAAAUUAAAGCAUAAAUCCACAGAAAGCCUAGAUAACCCAGAAAUGCAAUGGAAUAUACCAUGCAAUGGAACAUUACUUAGCAAGAAAAAGAAACCAGCUACUGAUAUCCCGCAACAACCUGGAUAAAUCUCAAAUUCAUUAUGCUGAGUGAAAGAACUUUUACACAUACUCUAUGAUUUCAUUUAUAAGACGUUCUAGGACAUGUUAAACUAAUCAAUGGUGAAAACAAAAUCAGAACAGGUGUUGCCUAGGGGUUGCCCAGGAAAGAGCACGAGGAAAAUUUCUAGAUGAUGAUAAUGUUUUUAGUGUUAUUCGAAGAACUUUCUGCAAUAAUGGAAAUGUCCCGUAUCUGUGCUGUGAACAUGUAGCUACUGAGCACUUGAAAUGUGACCAGUGCAGGUGAAGAAUUGAAAUUUUAAUUUCAUUUAAUUUGAAUUAAUUUAAAUUUAAAUCAAAUAGUCACCCAUGGCUAGUGGCUGCCAUAUUUUACAGCACAUUUGUUUAUCUUUAGAGAGGUCUGGGUUACAGAGGUGGAUGCAUUUGUCAAAAUUCCUUUAAUGAUAGGCCUAAAAUUUGGGUAUGUAUGUAAAUUUACAUUUAAAAAAGCAAAUAAAUACUGAACUCUAGUUAAUGCUAUAUAAGCUUAAGUGUUUAGAAGUGAAAUGUAAAAUCUGCAGCUUUGAAAUGCAUAACAAAAAAUGGAGUGGUGGAUAGACAUGUGAUAAGGCAAUUACAACAAAGUAUUAAUUGUAGACUUUGGAUGGUGGUGGACAUAUGGGUGUUCAUUGUAAAAUGCUUUCAACCUUUCAGUAUAUGUUUAAAUAUUUCCAUAAUAAAACGCUGGGAGGGGAAAAACCCCUGUGGAAGUCCUGGUGCCCUCCCUAGAGGCAGUCUGGGGUAGUGCACAGAGGAAAGGGGAAAGUGAGCCAGGCCCAUUUUGAGCAAAGGGUAAUGGGAAGAGAGAACACAGGCUUUAGAAACUGACAUACAUGAACUCAUAAUCCCAGCUCUUUCACUUUCUAGCUGUGUGACUGUAUUAGUCUCUUAUUGCUGCUAUAAAAAAUUACCAUAAGCUUAGUGGGUUAAAGCAACACAGAUAUAUUAUCUUACAUUUCUGGAGGUCAGAAGUCCAAAAUGUGUCUUGAUGGGCUAAAAUCAAUGUCAGUAGAGCUGCAUUUCUUUGGCGGCCCUAGGGGAGAAUCUGUUUCCUUGCCUUCUCUAACUUCUAGAAGCUUCCUGCAUAUCUUGGCUCAUGGAAUUUCCCUCCAACAUCAAAGCUAGCAGUGUAGCAUCUUCAAAUCUUUCUUUCGGAUCUCUGCUUCCUUCCUCACAUCACCUUCUCUGACUCUCCUGCCUCCCUCUAUUCCCUUUAAGGACCCUUGUGAUUUCAUUGGGCCUACCCAGAUAAACCAAGAUACUCGCUCCAUCUCAACAUCCUUAAUCACAGCUGCAAAGUCUCUUUUGCCAUGUAAGGUAACAUUCACACAUUCUCGGGUUUAGUACUUGGACAUCUUUCGGUUUGUAGGACAUUCUGCCUACAACAAUGACCUUGAGAGUCUUCCUUAAUGCGCUCAUUUACACAUGAGUAAUGACCACUGGUACUCAAUAUGUGUCAAUACUGAAUAGGAAAAAUAUUUCUCACUCAGAGCUCUAUUGAGAUAUAAUUCACAUACCAUUCCAUCCCAUUUAAAGUGGACAAGUCAAUGGUUUUUAAUAUAGUCACUCAGUUGUGCCACCAUUACCAAAUCAGUUUUCCGAGCCUCGGUUUCCUCCUAUGAAAAAUUAUGGUAGCUAUCAUUAUCUGUAAAAUGAGCGGUCGGACUCGCCUCUAAGAUCCCUUCCAGCUUUGUAAUUUCAAGCUUUAAUGAGGGAAAUAAGAUAAUUAAAAAAUAAAUCCCCCGAAGCCAGGGAUUUGCUAACUUCCCUGGUUACUCUCACGCCUGGGCUUCAGCCCGGUAGGAAAAACAAACGCUUUAGAUGACCCUUACAAGACAGAGCCGGGUGGAAAACGUUGGAGGUGGGAGGAGGGACGGGAGCAGCAGAUGGAGCCGGCCUUGGGGUGGUCUUGAACGGAAACACGGUGAGGGACCGGAGGCCGGUCUUCCCCAAGGACAAGCCCCGCUGCGUUGGAGCUUGAGAGAAAGACAAGGGGCGGAAAGCCGCGUUGGGGGGAUAGUUUUGAAAAUAAAUCUUCAGACACUAGAUGACACGCCGCUCACAACGAGCCCCAGCCUCCGCCCACCACGCCCACUACACCCACUCAUGCACUUGGUAUGCUCCACAACAUUAAACCCCCUUCCUCCGGUGGGAGUGGUACAGCCCAAGCGCCCGGAGUUGCAAACCAAGGAAAGACACGCCCUUUGCAAUGCCCCUAUCUCUGAUUGGUUGGAGAAUUUAAAGAUCCGGUCAGGGAUAGGGUGAUUCUCAACACCCGGUAUUUGAAAGGUCCUAGUCCCGGAGCUUUGCAGUUCACAGCCAGCGGACUCAGCUUGUCCCCACAAGUGCCGGAGCAAGAAGGUGAAUGCCUGCCCGAGCCCCGACGUGAAAGGCGGAAAGGCUGGUUUCUUCAAGCGCUGUGGAUCCCUGUUGAGAGGGUGCAGACGAGUGAGUCAGAGGGAGGAAGUAUGGAUUUCCGGACCCCAGGGACCCCUACGAUUUCCUUGGCAAAACAGUCUCCAUUUCGUCUCCACCGUACGGGUUAGAAGCGCCCGGGCGAGUCGCAGCCUCAGUUUCCAUUUAAGCAUACAGGGAAUGGUGAGGCCUGUCUGGCAGCAUAUAAACCAAUGUACCUACCUGGAAAAUAGAAAGGCUCUUACUACAUGUCAGUUCCUCUUCCCAUCUCCCCAUGUGCAAAUCUCCCGCUUCCUAGUGAGGGGACCCUGAAGAUUCCCGUGCCCGCCCCGGGUCUCUUGGAAGCCGGCUUCUUUGCGCAGGAAGUCCCUCCUUCUGGGGACCUUGCGUUCUUUCCGGGCAGGGUCCCCCCAAUCCUGGGUGCAUUUGACGCUGCCCACUUGCCUCUCCGGAAGUUGUGUACAGGAGUGUGGAAUGCAUUUCUAAGAGUGAAUUUUCGGCUGGUGCCAGCGCCCUUUUACCGUCUUUGUGACCACCUUAUGUCACCGGUUGAUAAUCCAACGUGAUUCUAGUGGCUUCGACGGGGUUUCCCUGUCACUGCAUUUACCCAACCUAUUAUGUCCCCUGAGCAUCCCGUGAUCCCCGUGCGCCGGUCCCCUCUCAGACCUGCAGCAGCCGCGGCGAUGCUGUCAGACACCGAAGAGCAGGUAGCCGAGCGUGAGGACGCGGAACUGCGGUGUCGCGUGGCGGUGGAGGAGUUGAGCCCCGGCGGGCAGCCGCGAAGGCGCCAGUCUCUGCGCACCGCAGAGCUGAGCCUCGGCCGCAACGAGCGCCGCGAGCUGAUGCUACGGCUGCAGGCGCCGGGGUCCGCGGGGCGGCCGCGCUGUUUCCCCUUGCGCGCCGCGCGCCUCUUCACGCGCUUCGCCGCCACCGGGCGCAGCGCGCUGCGUCUCUCCGCAGACGCCGCUCCCCGGCCGGGUGCCGGCGCGGUGCAGCUGCUGCUCUCCGACUGUCCCCCGGACCGCCUACGCCGCUUCUUGCGCACCCUGCGCCUAAAGUUAGCGGCAGCCCCAGGGCCCGGGCCGGCCCCCGCCCGCGCGCAGCUGCUCGGCCCCAGGCCCCGCGACUUCGUCACCAUCAGCCCUGUGCAGCCCGAGGAGCUGCAGCGCGCAGCGGCCACAGGGGGCCGGGACACCACGCUGAUGAAGCGGCCCGUGGAGACCCGGGCAGGGACCGAACCCAGCAAGGAAGUCCCAAGGUGGCCCCUCCCUGUAAAGAGGCUGAGCUUGCCCUCUACCAAGCCACAGCUUUCCGAAGAGCAGGCUGCUGUGCUGAGUGUCGUCCUGAAAGGCCAGAGCAUUUUCUUCACUGGGAGUGCAGGGACGGGGAAGUCAUACCUGCUGAAGCGUAUACUGGGCUCACUGCCUCCCACAGGCACUGUGGCCACUGCCAGCACUGGGGUGGCAGCGUGCCACAUCGGGGGUACCACCCUCCACACCUUUGCAGGCAUUGGCUCGGGCCAGGCUCCCCUGGCCCAGUGUGUGGCCCUGGCCCAGCGGCCGGGCGUUCGGCAGUCCUGGUUGAACUGCCAGCGGCUGGUCAUUGACGAGAUCUCCAUGGUAGAGGCAGACCUGUUUGACAAGCUGGAGGCCGUGGCCAGAGCUGUCCGACAGCAGAACAAACCCUUUGGAGGGAUCCAGCUCAUUAUCUGUGGGGACUUCCUGCAGCUGCCACCUGUGAACAAGGGCUCCCAGCCCCCGCAGUUCUGCUUCCAGGCCAAGAGCUGGAGGAGGUGUGUCCCAGUGACCCUGGAGUUGACUGAGGUGUGGAGACAGGCGGACCCAGCUUUCAUCUCUCUGCUGCAGGCCGUGAGGCUGGGCAGGUGCUCGGAGGAGGUGACCCGCCAACUCAGGGCCACGGCUGUCCACAAAGUAGGGCGGGACGGCAUUGUGGCCACAAGGCUUUGCACCCACCAGGACGAUGUGGCCCUCACCAACCAGAGGCGCCUGCAGGAGCUGCCAGGAGAGGUGCACAGCUUUGAGGCUGUGGACAGUGACCCUGAUCAGGCCCGGAUCCUGGAUGCCCAGUGUCCUGCCAGCCGGCUCCUUCAGCUAAAGCUGGGGGCCCAGGUGAUGCUGGUGAAGAACUUAGCGGUGUCUCGGGGCCUGGUGAAUGGAGCCCGAGGGGUGGUAGUUGGGUUUGCGGCGGAAGGGAGAGGGCUGCCCCAGGUGCGGUUCCUGUGUGGAGUCACUGAGGUCAUCCGUGCUGACCGCUGGACAGUGCAGGUCACCGGGGGCCAGCUCCUCAGCCGGCAGCAGCUGCCCCUCCAGCUGGCCUGGGCGAUAUCCAUCCACAAAAGCCAGGGCAUGUCCCUGGAUUGCGUGGAGAUCUCUCUGGGCCGCGUAUUUGCCAGUGGCCAGGCUUAUGUGGCCCUCUCCCGGGCCCGCAGCCUGCAGGGCCUGCGUGUGCUGGACUUUGACCCCAUGGUGGUACGCUGCGACCCCCGCGUGCUGCACUUCUACGCCACCCUGCAGCGGGGCAGGAGGCUCAGUCUGGAGUCCCCAAACGAUGAUGAGGCAGCCUCAGACCAGGAGAACGUGGACCCAAACCUGAGCCCCAGCCCCAAAGAGAAGACAAAGGGUGGUCUCCCCAACCUCCUGUUUCUGCCGGGGCUGGUUCCCAGGGGGUAAAGGGGGAGGGUGGUGAGUAUCUGCUUUUCCCUUCUUUAGGGGCUCUGAGCUUCCUGACAGGGCUGAAGGGAGCGCUUUCAUCCACUCACCAGCCAUGCCUCAGUUUCUCCCCUUUGCCCUGGGUGAGCUGCAUUCAGGGUCAGGGGUAACCCUUUCUGUGCCAGAUGAGAAUGGGACUGGGAGUGCUUGGUGUUAGAGGAGAAAGCUUUCUGUGGGGACUGGCUGCAGGGUCCUGAAAGCCACCCCCUUUGGGCUAUAGAGAGGAGGGGCAGCCAAGAGAGGUGCUCCAGGAGCAGCAGCAGCCCGUCCAUGUUGGGGCUGGGGAGGACUCAGUCAGGGCGGCACAGGCCUGGAGCAGGGGACUGAAUUCGGGCACCUCCAUGGCAAGGCCCUUGCACAGCUGAGGAGCGUCACGGCCCAGCCGAGCUCAGCCCAGUCACCCUCCUGGGCCUAACCGGAGAACAUACACGGCCAAAUGUGUGCCCAUCAUUUAAGCUGCUUCUUGGGGGGAGAAAUAGCACUUGGGGGGCAUUGAAGUGGAUGUUCUCAGAUCGUAUUUAUUUAGGAUAUGUAGGACAAAUAAACUUGUGAAUUGUGUGGGAACUGUGAGUCUUCUGUUUUCUUUAA